CCGAGCCACGCCGUGCCCGCGGCCCGCGGCCGCCAUGCAGUUUAUGUUGCUUUUUAGUCGUCAGGGAAAGCUUCGACUGCAGAAAUGGUAUGUCCCACUGUCAGACAAAGAAAAGAAAAAGAUCACAAGAGAACUUGUUCAAACCGUUUUAGCACGGAAACCGAAAAUGUGCAGCUUUCUUGAGUGGCGAGAUCUGAAGAUUGUUUACAAAAGAUAUGCUAGUCUGUAUUUUUGCUGUGCUAUCGAGGAUCAGGACAAUGAGCUAAUUACCCUGGAAAUAAUUCAUCGUUAUGUGGAAUUACUUGACAAGUAUUUUGGCAGUGUGUGUGAACUUGAUAUCAUCUUUAAUUUUGAGAAGGCUUAUUUUAUUUUGGAUGAGUUUCUUUUGGGAGGGGAAGUUCAGGAAACAUCCAAGAAAAAUGUCCUUAAAGCAAUUGAGCAGGCUGAUCUACUGCAGGAGGUUUUCUUUCUGUGUUGCCUCACCAAAGCCAUUGGUUGCCUUGGAGAGGUCUGGGAAGGAAGCUGAAACCCCACGUAGUGUUCUUGAAGAAAUUGGACUGACAUAACUCACCUCCCUUGUUGAUGACUUCUUGUGACAUUUCACACACUGUAGAUGGUCACUGCCUUCAUGUCCAUGUUAGCUAAUGGUAUAAGAUGACGUCUUGUCAGUAUUACUGUUUUGCUAAGCUGCUUCAUUCAGGCCUACACACAAAAAAAAUUUUUUUAAAGGGAACUUUGGUUAAUCAAGUGAUAACUUAAGGGACUUAAACAUGAGUUAGAAUGAUGCAGAAAAAGAAAGGUACCUUUUCUGGAUAUUUUAGUUUUUAAAUCUGUUUCUCUCAAUCUGAUUAUGUAUCUAUGAGAAUGACACAAUUAGGCAAUCUACAUUCAUUAAUUACAGUCUUUGGCAAAGGAAACUGUUAAAAAUUAUAAUAUGAAACCUGGUUAUAUGAAACCAAAGACUAGUGUGGGACAUUUCAGUAUAUCUGAGGAUAAAGGGAAUUGAUACAUAUCAAAUGAAUUAAAAUUUAACUGUUUAUGUUGAAACUUUAAAAAAGAGAACCAAAUUUAUACCAAAGACCCUCAUUGGAAACUACAUACUUAAAGGGAAUACAUAAAUGACUAAAUUGAAAUGGUGUGUUUUACACUAAAAAAUCUUUCCCUGGCAUUCCAGACCUGGGACGAGGAACAGAGAGCGACUAAUAGUGAGCACGUUAUUUUUAAGGCCAAGGAACAUUCAACUCCUGAGACAGAUUUUUUUGUGGUCAUAACCAUGUAGUGACUUAGAUGGUUUUUGAUGCCCCCAAAUAAAAAAGGAAACAUUGACGUAACCUGGAAUUCUUCAUAACAGCAUCUUACAGAAAACAUGUUUCUUCUCUUCACAGAGUGUUGCUUAAGUCAUUGUUUAAAGCACGAAUAUUCCUUCCGGGGUGCUUGUUAGAGCCAAAUUUAUUUAGCUUCCCUCCACUUACAAGUGCUGCAAACGUUAGGGCAGCUUCAUUCCCUUCCAUGGCACUGCCUAGUUAUCAUAAAUCUAAAAGCAGACACCACCUUUCAUAUAAAAGUGAUAGUCGAAUGAGGUAAAAUGGCAUUAGUGGGCCCUGUAUUUUUUAAAGCUGUACAAUUGUUUCAAUGUCACUUUUAUACAUACUUCUGUGUAUGUAAACAUGUCUUCAUGGUUUACACUUUCAUUUGUAUCUGCUGGGCUGGAUUAAGCUUUGUUGUGAUUGUGACCAAUACAUAUUCGGGCCAUGUUAGCACUGUCUUAUCACAUCACCAAUUGGUUGUAAUAAAUGUUCAACGUAUACCAUUGUAGUGUGUUUUUAUCCUUCUCUUUGCAAAGGUUUAUCAACUAUGGGGAGCUGCUUAAAGAAUUUUACAUUUUUUCAGUCAAAUGUCAAAAAUUCAUCUCCGUUUCAAUGUGGUUGCUAAAAGCACACACAAGAUAAAUGGUGGAAGAUGUAAGGAGUCUUCAUGUACUUCAAGCUCAUUAAAAAAUAAUGUGGUUCCAUGCUGAGAGCCUAUCCACACAUUUAUUUUCAAUCAAUAAAUGCCGCUUUUAAAACCUUGA